GUGUAAGAUCUUUAGUCGCGUUACCGUAUUAUUCUCGUCGUUUGUAGAACUGUUGAAUCACUAAAAAACUUGAAUAUUAACCAGGAAUCUUGACGAGUUAAGCACUACAAACACCCGAGGCAUUAUUAGUAUCUCAUUGAUUAGAUAAAAAAAACACUGUUCCGUAUCUACCCAUAACGGUACACCAUUUCUCCCUCUCUCUCUCACUCUCCUCGACGGUUUCGUGGUUCGUUACCAUAUGAACCACCGAAGAUCUCCGGCGUUCCAUUCUCGAAUGACAAGUCCAUGUGAUCUUUUAUUGGCCGGAAACAGUGACUGAGAGAUACGUAAGAAAGGCAUCAGGCACCGAGCUGUGUCGGGCAAUUAGUAGUGGGGAACUUUAGUUACUCCACGUUGUGCGUUUGACACACAUUCGACGGAUGUGCUCGUGUUAAAUUUAAAAAAUGUUGUGUUUUGCGGUGAAAUAAAUUGUCUUCAAUGAUUGACAGUACUCGUCUGUUAUCACUUUUACAAAUAAUCAUAGGAAUUUGUGGAGAUUUUGCUUGCGUGUCAGUUUAAUUUUAACAUAGGUUUGUUGCUUUUAACAUGAGUGGAGAAAGGAGUGGAAGAAGAGGUCAUGGGAAUAAGAGAGAAAGUGAGAAAUUCAUUCCACCUGAUGGUGGGUGGGGGUGGAUGGUGGUUCUGGGAUAUGCAUUGAAUAAUCUAGUGAUGGUACCUUUGAUAACAGGAAUGGGACUGAUCUUCAAAGAUCUCUUCAAAAACCUGCACUUUGCGGAUCGCGAUGCAUCGAUCAUCAUGAGUAUAAAUAUGUCCUUCGGAAUGCUCAUGGGUUUGACGCAUGGCCCACUUCUGAGAAUGUUUGGGUACAGAAAAAUUGCACUCGCUGGAUCAAUCAUGUUUGUUUCCGGCCUCAUGAUGACCGCAAUAUCCUACAAAUUUACGCACUUCAUAGUUUCUCAUGGAUUCAUAACAUCAUUUGGAAUCAGUUUAACGAUGGCCGCCUUUUCUCUGGCGUUGAACACAUACUUUUUGGAGAAAAGAGGUCCUGCUGUGGCUCUGGCAAUGACGAUAACUGGCCUGGGGCCAAUAAUAAUGCCUCAAAUAAUUACAAUUUUAGCAGACAAUUAUCCAACGCAGCACGCGAUAUUUAUUCUUGGUGCGAUAGGUCUGCACACAGUCGUGGCGUCUCUACUGCUUCAGCCGGUAAAGUGGCACUCAAAACGCACGAGAUCCAAAAAUGACACAGAUGCGGAACGAGAACUUGUCACUAUCAAUAAUCUCAAGCCUGAUUCAGUUAUAACCGAGAAGUUCGAACGCAAAAGAACAAUUUCCGUGUCAAGUGUGAAUGGAGAUCCUCACAACUCCGAUCUUCAGAAGCUAGAGGUCACAGAGGAGACGAAGAAAACCCAAGUGAUUUACGUUCGACGUGACUCUGUCCCAUCUCUGCGUAAUGGAAAUCCCAGCAUUCGGCAUUUUCAGUCCGUUCAGAAUGUCCAAUGUGCGCAGCCGGAGGGAAGUAGAACGAGCCGUCAUCCGCAGAAAUGGUCGAGUACAGGAAUAAACCUCAAUGCCACGAUCAGUGGCAGCUGUCCCAUGCUACUCGAUGAGCCACUAUUUUCUCAUGCGAUAACACCUCCCCCCAAAUCAGUUGCGGAAAAUGAAGAAAAUUUGGACAAAAAUGCUGAGGACGAAAAGAAAAAUGAUAAUGACAUUCACACAAAUGGAUUUUCCUCCUCAAAUGUCAAUACGACGGAACCGCACAUCGUAUCUUCCAACAAAAAGGAAACAUUGACAUCCAAAGGCGGUUGCUGUUCCUGUCUGAGUAAAAUCGUCAAAUUCUUCGAUCUGACACUUCUCUGUGAUCCCAUCUACGUCAACAUAAUGUUGGGCAUGUCGAUAGCAACAUUUGCAGAGAUAAAUUUCGCCAUCCUCCUGCCAUUCAUAUUAGAAGACAUAAAAUUUGAAACGAGCCAAUCGGCAGCUGUGAUGACGACAACAGCAGCUAUUGACCUCCUGAUGCGCAGUGUUGCUCCAUUUGUGGGACAACGAGUACGUCAGACACCCAGAGUGAUGUACCUGAUCAGUCUAGCUAUGCUGAUUGGCAGUAGAUCAAUUCUCGUUUAUGCAAAUAGUUUCACAGCGAUGAUCGUAAUGGCAGUUGGAAUUGGAUUCGCCAAGGGAUUCAGAUCAGUUUUCAUGACUCUGAUUGUACCGAAUUACAUUCCGAUUGAGAGACUGGCUGAUGCUGUUGGCAUUCAGAUGGUAGUUAAUGGGCUUGUGCUCAUGAUUCUGGGACCACUGAUAGGUAUCAUCCGUGAAUUGCGAGGAAGUUACGAUUUGUGUAUAGUCCUGAUAAACAGCAUGACAGCGCUCACAAUAAUCAUGUGGAGCCUGGAGGCGCUGGUAAUCCGAAUGUUCAAGGGCCGUCGAAAAAACGAUAAGGAUUACCAAGAAGUUGCACUAGCCGAAUAAAUUAAAUACUCAUCGCAAAAAUUAUGAAACUCAACUUUGAACGAAAAUAUAUUCUGUACAGAGAGGAAAGAAAAACAA